AUGGCACCACCUCAAUUGUCCAGUUUUGCUUUGAGAUCUGUUCUUGAGAAAGAUAAACUAAAUGGAACUAACUUCACCAACUGGUAUCGGAACCUGAGAAUCGUUCUCAGGCACGAUAAGAAAGAACAUGUCAUAGAGAACCCACUUCCAGAGGAGCCGGCUGAUAAUGCCACUGCUGCUGUUAGAAACGCCUAUCAACGCUCAUGUGAUGAGUCGAUUGAAAUCAGCUGUCUGAUGCUUGCCUAUAUGGAGCCCGAACUGCAGCAGCAGUUUGAGAAUGUUGAGGCUUUCGAUAUGAUCGAGACUCUCAAAGGCAUGUUUCAGACUCAGGCUAGGACCGAAAGAUUUAAUGUCUGGAGGUCCUUCCUGGAGACUAAGCUGAAAGAAGGCGAACCCUUGAGCCCACAUGUAAUCAAGUUGGUUGGUUACACGCAAAGCUUGGAGAAGCUGGGUUUUCCGCUGAGCCAAGAGUUGGCCACGGAUACAAUUCUGGCAUCUCUUCCGCCAAGCUAUGCGCAGUUCGUUCAGAACUACCAUAUGCAUGGUAUGGAAAAGAAAGUCACUGAAUUGCAUGGGAUGCUUAAAACAGCAGAGGAGGAUAUCAAGAAAAAUACCAAGCAAGUGUUGCUGGUACAGGGAAAGCCAAAGUUCAAGAAGAAUUCUUGGGCUAAGAAGAAGGCAAAGAAGGGAAAGGCUAAGGAUGUGAUCCCGACCCCUGCCCCUGCUGCGCCUAAGGCUGGACCGGACUCAGAGACCGUAUGCUUUUUCUGCAAAGGCACCGGUCAUUGGAAGAGGAACUGCAGCAAGUACCAGGCCCACGUGGCAAAGAAGGGUGGAAGUGUGACUUCUACUUCAGGGGUUGGCAAGGACUAGGAGCGUCGCAAGUGGAGAGGUUGACAUAAGGGUUGGCAAUAAAG